AUGUCCUGUAGCAUGGCAGUUGAAGAGGACUUCUUUUUGGAAGAAAAAAAAUUCAAGCAGUACUGUGAAGAAUUUAUUAAACAUUCACAGCAGAUAGGAGAUGGUUGGGAGUGGAGAACUAGCAAGGACCUUGGUGAUGGUUAUCUUAGUAAAACACACUUCCAAGUAAGAAAUAGAAACAUCCCACCAGAUCUCAAGGAGAAAAACAAUGAUAACAUUGAACAAACGUUAUUUACGCAUGUUGAAGAGUCUUUGGAUGAUUCUCAAGUAGCUGGAAUUUGUGCAACAGAAGAAGUGAUUCGCUAUGAAUAUCAUGUCUUGUACUCCAGCAGCUACCAAGUACCUGUGCUUUAUUUUAGGGCAUGCUCUUUAGAUGGAAGACCUUUAACUCUGGAUGAAAUAUGGGAAAGUGUUCAUGCAUGCUACCAGGCUCGUCUGCUGGAGGGGCCCUGGGACACCAUUACACAGCAGGUGAGAAACCACUGGUCCUUUACAAAACUGAUGAAUGCAAUAUAUGCCUGA